AUGUCAUCGUACUGGUGGUUAAAGGAACAUAAUGAAGGUUCAUUACUUCGAGUAGCUGUUUAUGAAGGUGUAUCAUUACCUGAUGGCAAUGUUGCGCUAAGUGUUGCUGAAGUAGAAUCACAAGCGAAACGUGCUAGUCAAGAACAUUCUGCUCAUUUACUUAUUUUUCCAGAACUUUUCUUAUCAGGCUAUGGAUUAAGUCGUGAAGUCACUUUAUCUGCUGCUCGUCAUAUUAUUCACGAGAAAGUUAUUGCUCAUUUACAAAAUGUUGCACGUCAAUAUUCAAUUGCUCUUUUAAUAUGUUAUCCUGAAUUAGUUGAUGACGAGAAAAUUUAUAAUUCAGCUACAUUAAUUAAUGAACAUGGUGAUAUUUUGCUUACUUAUCGGAAAACUCAUUUAUGGGCCAAUGAAGAACGUGAAUUGUUCAUAGAAGGUGAACAACUUUCACCUGUUGUUGAAAUACGAGGCAUUCGAGUAGCUGUAAUGAUAUGUUAUGACUUAGAAAUGUGUGAAGUAGCACGUUCUCUGACUCUAUUGGGAGCUCAACUUUUACUCGUACCUACGGCUUUAGCUACAUCACUAUCGAAUGAAAAUAUUGCUCGUCUUAUGGUAGGAACACGAGCUUUUGAAAAUCAUGUUUGGCUUGCUUAUGCCAAUUUAGCUCCGCCUCAAUUUAUCGGUCAAUCACGUAUUGCUGGACCUGAUGGUAAUGAAUUGUGUCGUGUUGAUAAGGAUCGACUUAUAGUAGCUGAUAUUAUUCCAAAAAAUUAUGUAUCUGCAGUUCAAGCAACACCCUAUUUAGCCGAUCGACGACCGUUACUCUAUACAUCUAUCAGUGAUCCUACCUGUCAUGUCAAAUUGCCUAUUGAUUAUAAAUAUACUGAUGAUUAA